AUGGUUGAAGACGAGAUAUCAGUUUUACAUUCCGAUGACAACGAUAGUAUUGAAGUUCUACCUGACUACACGAGUGAAUUACCAAAAAUCCAACCUAUCUGUAUUCGGGGACAUGGUAGUAUAACAAUUUUUGGUUUAAAUUCUCACUUUGAUGAGGAUGAAUUUCCAUUAUCUUUAACUGGAAAAGUUGCACCAGAAGAAUUAGAACAUACCUUAAGAAGUGUUAAUAAAAUUUUAAGGCAUACAGUACCAUGGAAUUUUCGUUGGUUUCUUUGUGGAAUCUUUUUUUGUUGUUGUACACUUGGUUGUUCACUGUGGCCUGUUGUUUUUUUAAAUAAAAGAACAAUUUGUGCUAUUGAAAAAACAUUGGAUUUUGAAAAUAAUCGCCUUUAUCAUAAAUUAGGACUUCAUUGGCGACUGGAUAAACAACAAUUAGAUAAUAAUUCUUAUUUAAGUGAAUAUGUUUUAUUAUUGGAGACUAUUCCUAAAAUUCCACUUUUUAUUCCUGAUUAG